AUGACCAUUAUCACCAAACUCGCCAUUCUUGGCACCCUGGCGGCUUCAGUCGCAGGGCAGACCGCAAUCACAGUCAAUGUCAGCACGCAAUAUCAACAUAUCGACGGCUUCGGCUUCUCUCAGGCUUUUGGUCGGGCCAAGGAAUUCCAGAAUGCUGGUUCGACCACUCAGAAAACAGCGCUGGACUACCUCUUCAGUACCACGACUGGAGCUGGUUUCUCCAUCAUCCGUAAUCGGAUAGGGUCUGGGGGCAGUGGUGACAGCAUCGAACCCAACAGUCCUGGAUCUCCGUCGAGUUCUCCGACCUAUGUAUGGGAUGACGAUGACAGUGGACAGCUCUGGUUCACGGAGCAAGCCGUCAGCUACGGCGUCAAGACCAUCUACGCCGACGCCUGGAGCGCCCCAGGGUUCAUGAAAACAAGCGGCUCCGAGUCAACUUCUGGAUAUCUACUUCUUGUGAAGUACGUCCAGCUCUACGCCUCGGCUGGGUACAACAUCACGCACCUAGGAUUCCUGAACGAGCCGGACUAUCAGGUCAGCUAUUCGCAGAUGCAGAUCAGCAGCAAUGCCCAAGAAGCUAUUUCGUUCAUCCCAGUCCUGUACAACACGGUCAAGUCUGCGGGCCUGAGCGUCGAGCUGACCUGCUGUGACGCCGUCGGCUGGGCCAUGCAGGGCACGUACACCACUGCCCUCGUCAAUGCCGGAUCAACGCAAUACUUGGAUGUCAUCACCUCGCACUCGUACAGCGCCGAUGCUACUAGUCCCCUGAGCCAGACUCCGCUUCGCAAGUGGAACACCGAGGGCGGCCCCAGUACGGCCUUCAUGACGACGUGGUAUAGCAAUGGGGGUACGAGCGAAGGUUUCACGUGGGCCAACAAGAUAGCAGUUGCGAUGGUCAACGCGCAGCUUUCGGCCUACCUCUUCUGGGAGGGUUUCGAGAUCCAGCAGUCUCAAUCUGGGUCUCAUCUCGUCGACGCACUCGACGGCACGAACCCUACUCCAUCGGGCAUCUUCUGGGCCUUUGCCAUGUGGUCCCGAUACAUCCGCCCAGGCGCCCACCGCGUUGCUACCACGGGCACGAUCUCCAGCGUCAUCAUCGGCGCCUUCCAGAACAGUGACGGCUCCGUCGUCGUCGUGUUCACUAACAGCGGUACGUCGAGCCAGUCCGCCAAGGUGUCGUUCAGCGGCUUUACGUCAGGCUCGGCGUCGGCCUGGGUCACGAACCAAGGGAGCACCUUUGCGACCACGUCUGCUACCCUGUCUGGGGGCGCAGUGACUGUGGCUGUUCCCGCCAGGGGUGUUGUCACUGUCAAGUUGGUGGCCGGAGACUCGGGUACGACCCCUAGUACGACCACGACGUUGGCUACGUCCACUGUCACGACGACCUAG